AGCAAGCAAGCACUGCGCCAGCAUGUCAAGCUAGUCUAUCAAUUUCCUGAUCCUGCUCGAAUUUUCUCUUCUCGCCCUCCACUCACGCCAGCUCUUCACCCUCCGUUUCUUUCGCGCUUCGUUCACUCUCUGUUGUCAUUAUGACGGCCCAGGAAGUCGAAGGUGGUCUGGCGGAGCUGAAGCUGAAGGAGCAGGAGGCGGACGCGGCUGCGGCGGCGGCGGCGGCCAAGGAGGGGAUGACGGUGGAGGACAAGGAGGAGGACGAGGAGGACGACGAGGAGGACGAUGAUGAGGACGACGACGAGCAUGGCGACGGGGAGGGCGAUGCUGCUGGCAGCAACAGGAAGGGCAAGCAGAGCCGCAGCGAGAAGAAGGCGCGCAAGGCGAUGCAGAAGCUGGGGCUGAAGCAGCUCACGGGCGUGUCGCGCGUGACCAUCAAGCAGAGCAAGAGCACGCUCUUCGCCAUCUCGCGCCCCGACGUGUUUAAGAGCCCCGCAUCCGACACGUACAUCAUCUUCGGCGAGAUCGAGGACCUGAGCGCGCACGUGCAGUCGCAAGCGGCGGAGCAGUUUAAAGUGCCCGAUUUCGCAGUUCCCACAAAGGUCGCGGAGGGCGAGGCGGCGGUGGAGACGGAGGAGGAGGACGUGGAUGCCACGGGCGUGGAGGAGAAGGACAUCGAGCUCGUCAUGACACAGGCGGGCGUCUCGCGCGGCAAGGCGAUUUCCGCGCUGAAAUCCACUAGUGGAGACAUUGUUGAUGCAAUCAUGCGGCUCACAACGUGAGGUCACGGCGCCUUGGAAGGAGGGAGAUUGUAUGAUGUGGAUUGGAGUGAGGAGCAGGUUCCUGUUUUAGGAUAAAUGGUAGCAGUGCAAUGUGAUGUUGGAGUAAACCACUUGUUUAGGGUGGUCAGGAGGAACCAAGUCAGCGAAAGACUUCGAAACCUUGCGAAUCCGA